AAAGGCCAAUAAAAAUUAGAUCCGAAAGCGGAAAACGAAGGGAGACAAAGGAAGGCGCGAAUUUCAAGGACCAGAAACCUCUCUACGAACAUUGUGCGUGUUCGUUUCAUUCUUCCUUCAAAACAAAACAUAACUCAUUCUUCUUAAAGGUCGUGUCUUUUUGUAUUGGUUUGAGUCCGAGUCACGUUCUUCUCUUGAUCUACUUGAAUUCCCAGAUUUCAAUUCCACCCAUACACUUGGCUUCUUCAUCUUCUUCUUCGUCUCCAGCUUCCCGUGACUCCGAGCUAUAAGGGUCGGGAAUGGCGGCUUAUGUCUCUGUCGGAAACAUCCAUGAUCUCUUUCUUUCCGGACAGGGUUACAGAGGGCAUGACUCAUGGAGUUCUGGUUUUACUUUCAGGGCAAAUUCAUUCAAAGACCUCUCUUGGUCGAGUAGGGUAUCUAAGGCACUAAAGGCAGAGAGAUGUGGUUGUUACUCUCGUGGUGUUUCCACCUUUAACGAGAGCUCAAAGAUUAAUACAAGUAUCAGGGCAGUAUCGUCUUCAACGAAGUACUAUGAUUUCACUGUGAUCGGCAGUGGAGUGGCGGGUCUGCGCUACGCUUUGGAAGUUGCAAAGCAAGGCACUGUUGCAGUGAUCACCAAAGACGAGCCUCACGAGAGUAACACUAACUAUGCUCAAGGCGGUGUUAGUGCUGUGUUAUGCCCUUUGGACUCUGUCGAAAGUCAUAUGCAGGACACUAUGGUCGCUGGUGCUCAUCUCUGUGAUGAAGAAACCGUCAGAGUUGUGUGUACAGAAGGACCUGAGAGGAUUCGCGAGCUGAUUGCGAUGGGAGCAUCGUUUGAUCAUGGCGAGGACGGUAACUUGCAUUUGGCGAGAGAAGGUGGUCACUCGCAUCAUAGGAUCGUUCACGCAGCUGAUAUGACGGGAAGAGAGAUUGAGAGAGCUUUACUUGAAGCUGUGCUUAAUGAUCCAAACAUAUCUGUCUUCAAACACCAUUUUGCAAUCGAUCUGCUCACUUCUCAGCAGGAUGGUUUGGACACAGUUUGUCAUGGUGUUGACACUUUGAAUAUCAAAACAAAUGAGGUAGUACGUUUUAUAUCGAAGGUGACAUUGCUUGCUUCAGGGGGAGCUGGUCAUAUCUAUCCAUCAACCACAAAUCCUCUUGUGGCUACUGGAGAUGGCAUGGCUAUGGCUCAUCGAGCUCAAGCUGUGAUCUCAAACAUGGAAUUUGUGCAGUUUCAUCCCACUGCUUUAGCCGACGAAGGUCUUCCCAUCAAACCACAAACCGCCAGAGAAAACGCCUUCCUCAUCACCGAAGCCGUGAGAGGAGACGGCGGCAUCCUCUACAACCUAGCAAUGGAGCGGUUCAUGCCCGUCUACGACGAGCGAGCCGAGCUAGCUCCAAGAGACGUGGUCGCUAGAAGCAUCGACGACCAGCUCAAGAAACGGAAAGAGAAGUACGUGUUGCUCGACAUAAGCCACAAGCCGAGGGAAAAGAUCCUCGCUCAUUUCCCCAACAUAGCUUCCGAGUGUCUUAAACACGGUCUCGACAUCACGCGUCAGCCUAUCCCCGUUGUCCCCGCGGCGCAUUACAUGUGUGGAGGCGUCCGCGCUGGUUUGCAAGGCGAAACCAAUGUGAUAGGAUUGUUUGUGGCGGGUGAAGUGGCGUGUACCGGUCUCCACGGGGCGAACCGGCUCGCUAGCAACUCGCUUCUAGAAGCUCUGGUUUUCGCGAGACGCGCUGUUCAGCCUUCCACCGAGCUCAUGAAGUCCACGAGACUUGAUUUAACCGCAUCGGAGAAGUGGACGAGGCCUGUUGUUGCUACAGCUAGAUCGCCAGGAGAGGAUGUUAUAUCAAAGAUUCUAGCGUUGACCAGAGAAGUGAGGAGAGAGCUUCAGGGAGUGAUGUGGAAGUACGUUGGUAUCGUCAGGUCAACCACUAGGCUUAACACUGCUGAGAGGAAGAUAGCGGAGCUGGAAGCGAAAUGGGAAACGUUCUUGUUUGAACAUGGAUGGGAGCAGACGGUGGUGGCUCUUGAGGCUUGUGAGAUGAGAAACUUGUUCUGCUGCGCUAAGCUUGUUGUGAGCAGUGCGUUGGCGAGACAUGAGAGCCGCGGUCUUCAUUACACGACGGACUUUCCGUUUGUGGAGGAGAGCAAGCGUAUUCCGACGAUUAUUCUCCCGUCUUCUCCUACAACAGCUAGCUGGAGCUCAAGGCAGCUACAGAACAUAAGCAGCACCUCUCUUAUAUGAAGUUAUAUUUGAAGCCAAUACUUUCUGAUUCUUAUAUUAUUAUUUUGAAAAAUUUUGGGAUUCAAAAGAAAAAAAUCUCUGAUUCCGACAACACUGUUAAACAAAUGAAAAUAAUUAUUCAUCUGAGAUAUCAAUUAUUGUGAUAAUUCAUAUCACUUUGGUUUAUUGAUGAUUU